AAAAAAACCGGAAAGGUUAAAGGAUCAUCCAAGGGAUCAACUUUCGUCGAAGAAGUGUAAAGGACGCGGGUCAAACGAGCAAAAUGGUUUACUGUUUUGCUCCUACAUGUGGCCAUUCGUCGGAGAGCAACACUUGCAAGUUCUUCGCUUUUCCAAGCGCUACAAAGCAGAACGACGAGUACAAGAGAUGGAUUUGACUCAUAAGGUGAUGAGUUGACAUCAGGACAUGAGGGAGAAUCAUCGAAUACUGAAUUAUAGAAGCUUCAGCUAGUUGUCUUUUUAACGGUCGCUUCGUAUUUUCCGUAGCCAAAACCUUAAAUCUGAGUGCUUCAUCGUGUUUUGGAAGGUAGAAUCCAUCAAUUUUGAGGAUCAAAUUUUUAUCACUUUAAUGAAAGUACGACAGAACUACACACAGCUUCACCUAACCCAAUUGUUUCAUUGUGGUGUGGCCACAAUUUCUAACAUUGUUAUAACAUUCACUCAUGUUCUGCAUGAAAUUUUGUUUGACCUAAUGACGUCGAUUCCAUCCCGAGGAAAAAACAAGAUCUCUGCACCCUCCUCUUUCAGGCAAUUUGAAUCCUGUCGGAUUGUUAUAGACUGCACAGAUAUUGAGGUUGCUGCUCUGGGAUUGAUGAGUCAGCAAAAUGCAACCUAUUUAUCAUACAGAAUGAUGAAUUCCUUUAAGGUAAUAGUUGGUGUUGCACCAAAUGGAGUCAUUACUAAUGUCAGUUGGCUGUAUCCAGGUUCUGUUUCAGACACCAUUGUGCAACAGUCUGGACUCCUUAAUCACUUGACAGCUGGAGAUAUGAUUCUGGCGGACAAGGGUUUUCUUAUCCAGGAUGUUGUACCACAUGGUGUCUGUGUCAAUAUUCCACCUUUUCUGAAUAAUGGAACUUUCACAGAGAGUGAGGUCAAGAAAACAAAAGCCAUAGCUAAAGCACAGAUUCAUGUCGAAAGAGCCAAUGCUAGGCUGAAAGACUUCAAAAUUUUAGGUGUCAUUCCUUUGUAUUUGCACUGCUAUGCUGACAUUUUGUUUCAGUUAUGUGCAACACUUGUAAAUUUGCAAUUUCCUCUCAUCAAAGAGGGAUGCGAAGAUAUGGUUUUUGAGUAGUUUUAUGCUCGAAGACUACAUUGGACAGUUUUUUAAUAAUUUUUGUUGUUCAAAUAGAAAUAAAAUAAUUUGUAGACUGAGGCUUACUUAGAAGAAAAUACAGCUAGAGGGGUGUGGGGGGUGGAGCAUUCUAAUAUAACAGUAAAGGGAUGAUUUUACCUCCUAGGAAUUACAAUAUUUAUCAUCUGGUACAGCCUGGAUGUAGAUAGGGUGUCAAAUUAGAUCACUGCGAGAAUUCUUUUAUCAUGUUUAGGAGAACAGAAGUUAUAAGAAGUUUUGACAUAUGUUUUACAAUGGAUGUCUUUUUGGGGAUAAAAAUAAAAGCAAGUACUGCCCACAGUUACCCUUGAGGGGUCUUUCUGAACAUUUCCCAUGAGCAUCCCAUCACUUUUAUAUGGGAAUUUUCAUUCCCCCCAGGAAAACAACAUUAAAUGAUGUACCAUAUUUCCAUGUCUUUUAAAUACCAUGUUAUCCUUGUGUUUAUUAAUAAAAAUGCAAAUAUAUGUAUAGCCUGUUACCACAACUCCCUCACACCAAACUAGUUGUGGUAGGUCAAUUUGAGGACUGAAAA